CGGGGUGGAUGCGGGAUGUGCGGCCCUGCCCUUAGCCAAGAUGGCGGCGCCCUGAGCCAAGAUGGCGCCGCGCCGCAGGGGCCGGGCGGAACCUUUAAAAUGGCGGCGCACUCCCCGGCUUCACCGCGCCUGAUGCUGAUGUCAAACCGUUUUCCGGUGGGUACCCGGAAGCGGCGCCGUCCAUGGAGGCGCCCGGGCGGACGCCGUCGCGGAGCGGCCGGAGCCUCCGCUCCCGGGGAUGACGUGCUGCUCUCCGGACUGAUGGCGUCGGGCGCAACGAGCCGCUCCGAGGACGAGGAGUCGCUGGCGGGGCAGAAGCGGGGUUCGGCCCAAGCCUCGGGUGCCAUCCCCAAGCGCCGCAGCUCGUCGCGGUUCAUCAAGCGGAAGAAGUUUGACGAUGAGCUGGUAGAGAGCAGCCUUGCCAAAUCCUCUAGCCGGGCCAAGGGCGCCGGUGGGGUCGAGCCCGGGCGCUGCUCAGGCAGUGAGCCCUCCUCUAGUGAGAAGAAGAAGGUCUCCAAGUCUGUGUCCACCCCCAUCGCGCCCAGCCCGGUCCCGACCCCCGGCCUCGCCAAGCGGAUGAAGAAGAGCAAACAGCCCCUGCAGGUGACGAAGGACCUGGGCCGCUGGAAACCCGCUGACGACCUUUUGCUCAUCAAUGCCGUGCUGCAGACCAAUGACUUGACUUCUGUGCACUUGGGCGUGAAGUUCAGCUGCCGCUUCAACCUGCGGGAGAUCCAGGAGCGGUGGUACGCGCUCCUCUACGACCCCAUCAUCUCCAAGCUGGCCUGCCAGGCCAUGCGGCAGCUGCACCCCGAGGCGAUCGCCGCCAUCCAGAGCAAAGUGCUCUUCAGCAAAGCUGAGGAGCAGCUGCUGAACAAGGUGGGAUCGACCAGCCAGCCCACACUCGACACCUUCCAGGAGCUGCUCCACAAGCAUCCUGACGUCUUUUACCCCUCCCGGACGGCCAAGGCUCUGCAGCUCCACUGGCAGCUCAUGAAGCAGUACUACCUGCUGGACGACCAGACCGUGCAGCCGCUGCCCAAGGGGGACCAAGUGCUGAACUUCUCGGACGCUGAGGACAUGCUUGAUGACAGCAAGCUGAAGGAUGUGCGGGACGAGGUGCUGGAGCACGAGCUGACUGUGGCCGACCGGCGCCAGAAGCGGGAGAUCCGGCAGCUGGAGCAGGAGCUGCACAAGUGGCAGGUGCUGGUCGACAGCAUCACAGGCAUGAGCUCCCCGGACUUUGACAGCCAGACGCUGGCCGUACUGCGGGGCCGCAUGGUGCGGUACCUCAUGCGUUCCCGGGAGAUCACGCUGGGCAGAGCCACAAAGGACAACCAGAUCGACGUGGACCUGGCGCUGGAGGGACCGGCCUGGAAGAUCUCCCGCAAGCAGGGCGUCAUCAAGUUGAAGAAUAACGGGGAUUUCUUCAUCGCUAAUGAGGGCCGGCGCCCUAUCUACAUCGAUGGGCGCCCCGUGCUCGGUGGCAACAAGUGGAAGCUGAACAACAACUCGGUGGUGGAGAUCGCCAGCCUCCGCUUCGUCUUCCUCAUCAACCAGGACCUGAUCGCCCUCAUCAAGGCGGAGGCGGCCAAGCUGGCCCAGCAGUGACGAGGGCUGGGGGCUGCUCUGCCAGGUCCCCCCCACUGGCCCUGUAUGGGGGGAGUGGGGGUCCCCACAGCCCCCAGUUUGGCACUGGGGCCCCCUGGCCCCCCUCAAGAUGCCUCCCUGGGGGUGCUGGGCCCCUCCUGCCCCCAGCCCCAGGGCUGGAGAUUGUUACCUUCUAAUAAAGUGUUUUCCCCUGCCCCGAUGUGGGGGUCCCCAGGGCCUGGGGCCACCCCGGGGGGGGACACAAGACCCGCA